CCUUUUUCCCUUCUUCAAGCUUCCGCCGGAAAAUCUUCCAGCUAUGAGCCGCGCAGGCGCAGCCAUCGGCAUGAAUCUUCGUGCUCGUACAUGACACCUUCCAGUUCAUCACGCCUCUAGGGUUUCGUUUCCUUCUCUUCUCCCCCACCCCGAAAGUCUCGAUCUUUGAGCCCGGGCUUCGCGUUUCCCAGCUGAAUUUCAAUCGACUGGUCGCUGCUGCUGCUUGCGAGCAUUCGGUAAUGGCGAGAGGCGCCGCCGCCGCUUCCUUCCUUCGGAUUUGCCGCUCCAGGGACAACGGGUCCAGGAACGGAGCCCUGUUGUCGUACAGGCGUUUCGGCUCGGGCAGCGGGCAGUUCGGCCGCUCGGCGGCGUCUCGGGAUCGCGGGCUCGACCCGAAUCUCGAUGCUCGAAGUCGCCCGGUUUCUAGGAGUUUGGGGCAGUUGCUGCUUCGGAAGAAUCUGCUUUGCAGGAGUCCGUAUUUUAGGGUGGUGAGUGCGGUGGACGCGAGGUUGUAUUGCUCGUCGGCGGACAAAGGGAAGGAUUUGGAGGACGCGCGUGUUUUUGGGUCCGGAGUGAUGGGCGGGGAAAAUGGCGAUGGCGUAGAAAGUUUGAAAUUUGCUGAGUGCCUCGACCGGUUAGCGGAGGAUGGAGAUGAUUUGAAGGGGGAAAAUGCGUGUGAGUCCAUUAGUUUUGUUGAUAAUGGCGGUUCGGAUGAGAGUGAUGAAUGGCAUAUGGUGAUGGGUGAAGAGGAUGGAAGCGGCGGUAGUGUUAGUUCGACCGUAGAUGUUGCCUAUAAGAAUGUGGGAUCGCGUGAUCCUGUGGAUUUGUACAGGGAACUUCGUGAUUCUGAAGAGCGCGCGAACCUGAGCCGAGAUAAGUGGAAGAUCCUCCAGGAGAUUUUUCGUUGUUUAGCGGAGUCGCCGUGGGCAUCUAAUCAGGCUCUUGCCAUCUACAUAGGCAUGUCUUUUUUCCCAACUGCAGCCCGCAAAUUCCAAACUUUUUUCUCCAAGAAACGCCCCGCCAAUAUCACCAUGUACUUGAUUUCACUUGGCCCAUCUCAGGAAGCUGUUAAGUUCUUGUUCCCUAUAUUUGUCGAGUUUUGCUUAGAAGAAUUUCCUGAUGAGAUUAAGCGGUUUCGGGGCAUGAUUGAGUCGGCUGACUUGACAAAGCCCCACACUUGGUUUCCCUUUGCACGAGCUAUGAAAAGAAAGAUAAUAUAUCAUUGUGGUCCAACCAACAGUGGGAAGACAUACAAUGCUCUGCAGCGCUUCAUGGAAGCAAAGAAUGGCGUUUAUUGUAGUCCGCUUAGGUUGUUGGCUAUGGAAGUGUUUGACAAGGUGAAUUCUUUGGGAGUUUACUGUAGUCUUCACACUGGGCAGGAAAAGAAGAAUGUCCCUUUCUCGAACCAUGUUGCUUGUACUGUGGAAAUGGUGUCGACCGAUCACUUAUAUGAUGUGGCAGUAAUUGAUGAGAUCCAGAUGAUGGCAGACCCAUAUAGAGGCUAUGCAUGGACAAGAGCAUUGCUAGGACUUAAGGCUGAUGAGAUACAUGUUUGUGGGGAUCCAAGUGUUCUGAAUAUGGUGAGGAAAAUCUGUUCUGAUACUGGGGAUGAGUUGCAGGAAUGUCACUAUGACAGAUUCAAGCCACUGGUUGUUGAAGCCAAGACGCUGCUGGGGGAUCUUCGCAAUGUUCGAUCCGGUGAUUGUGUAGUUGCUUUUUCUCGGAGAGAAAUAUUUGAGGUUAAAUUGGCUAUUGAGAAGCACACCAAUCACCGCUGCUGUGUCAUAUAUGGUGCCUUGCCACCUGAGACUCGAAGACAGCAAGCUAACUUGUUUAAUGAUCAAGACAAUGAGUAUGAUGUCUUGGUUGCAAGUGAUGCGGUGGGGAUGGGUCUCAAUCUUAAUAUCAGAAGGGUUGUGUUUUACACUCUCUCGAAGUAUAACGGCGAUAAGAUGGUGCCAGUUCCUGCAUCACAGGUGAAGCAGAUUGCAGGAAGAGCUGGUAGAAGAGGAAGCCGAUAUCCCGAUGGGCUUACAACUACCUUUGAGCUUAAUGAUUUGGAGUACCUCAUUGAGUGUUUAAAGCAGCCAUUUGAAGAAGUUAAGAAGGUGGGUCUCUUUCCUUUCUUUGAGCAGGUUGAGCUCUUUGCUUGCCAACUUUCCAAUGUUACGUUCUGCAAGCUACUUGAGAAAUUUGGUGAAAAUUGCCGUCUUGAUGGCUCAUACUUCUUGUGCCGGCACGACCAUAUUAAGAAGGUUGCAAACAUGUUGGAGAAGGUCCCAGGGCUAUCUCUUGAAGAUCGCUUCAACUUUUGUUUUGCACCAGUUAAUGUCAGAGACCCAAAAUCAAUGUAUCAUCUUCUGAGGUUUGCCACAGCUUAUAGUCAAAAAUUGCCUGUUAAUAUAGCAAUGGGCAUGCCCAAGGGCUCUGCUCGAAAUGAUGCUGAGCUUUUGGAUCUGGAGACCAAACAUCAGGUGGUGUCUAUGUAUCUGUGGUUGUCUCACCACUUUGAGGAGGAAACUUUUCCAUAUGUUAAGAAGGCAGAAGCUAUGGCGACAGGCAUUGCUGAGUUAUUGGGUCAGUCUCUGAAAGUCGCUAACUGGAAACCAGAAUCAAGGCAGGCAGGAAAACCAAAGCCUAAAGAGAAGCCUGAACAAAAGGAGGAUGGCUACGAGAGACCACAGUCACUUGCCAAACUAUUUUCUUUGAGAAGACAGAAUAAGGUCCCGGAAAUUCCACAUGCUGAGAAAUUGUCUACAUAGUCAUGUGCAGGUGAUUGAGCAGAGGACCUCGGGGACUUGUGUGCCUAAGAUGGCAGGACGGUCGUCGUCAUUGUGGCUCUGCAUCUUUGUAUAUUAAAAUGGUCCGUCAGAUAAGCUGGUGCAGCUUCUGCAGGAAAUAUCUGAAGACGAGGAGUAGAUUCACAACCUGAAUACAAAAUCUCUACUGUAUAGCGGUAGCAGUUUCUGUGAGCAGGCUGGUGAAGGGUGCUUUGCUUCGAUGAGGUCACUGCCAAGCGGUUGUCCUAGUUUGGGCAGCACUAAUGGAGCAUCAGCUCUUUGCUGCACUGUUGAGGAACGAAGGCAGUUCCAGUUCCUAUGAUGAAAAUCGACCCAUAUAAUGUAUUUUUUAUGGGAAAGAAUGAGAGAGAGAGAGAGAGAGAGAGAGAGAGAGAGAGCUCAAGUUUUGAUGAAAUAUCCUGUCAUUUGAACCUUUGGAUACUAUGUGGAUCGUCACUAAUGCAGCAUGGUGCUCCAGCAACAAGUCAGGCUGGGCUUUGAAGAUGGAUGGCUCAUCUUGGUGCGACAAAUGGGGUGCCUCUCAUUAUCUGCUUGUGCCUGUUGAGAUUCAUUCCAUCUUUCUGGCAUUUUGCUAAGUGGUUAUAUCCUCCUGUCCAGUUGUUCUCAUUAGCAUGCUACUGGACAUUUGAGUAAGGGUGUACCUUCUUACUGAGAAAUCAUGUCAAGCUUGGUCUUACUAUGGUAUUUGAUUGGAUGUCUCGCUUUUAAUAUUAUAAUGUUUCAUUUUAAAUUUCCUCUGGUUCAAGAGCAAUCUGUGUAGGAGGAUGUACCUUGAGCUUUGACCAUGUCUCCAAAUCAAGUUUCUUAUCUUGUA